AUGGAAGGAUCACUUAGUAAAUGGACAAAUGUUGUUAAUGGAUGGCAAUAUCGUUGGUUUGUUCUUGAUGACAAUGCUGGUCUAUUAUCAUAUUAUACUAGUAAAGAAAAAAUGAUGCGAGGUGCCCGCCGUGGUUGUGUCCGAUUACGAGGUGCAGUAAUUGGAAUAGAUGAUGAAGAUGACAGUACAUUUACUAUCACAACUUCUUCAUCGAAAGAUGAUCCAAAAACUUUCCAUUUCCAAACUCGUAAUAGUGAUGAACGAGAACGCUGGGUUCGAGCUCUCGAAGAUACUAUUUUACGUCAUUCGCAUACGCGUUGGGAUCCAAAAAGUUCAUUAUCCAAGCAUGAUUUUGACCGAAAAGUAUCCGAAGCCGAUGCGUUUUUACAAUUGCUUAUUGAUCAAAUAGUAUUAAUAGAAGGCCAGCCGAUUAAUGAAACAGAAAAGGAUAGUAAUAAACAAGAAAAGUAUGGUGUUAUUUUAGUCCAUGCUAACUCUGUGCUUAAUUCCAUCAAACAUACAAUCGUUCAACUACAAAUAGCAAAGAAUACUGCCAUUCCCGUGAAUGGUAUUUACAAAGGACCUACUAAUCCUAAUGAUCGAUGCGUACUUACAACCUCUACACAUGAUUCAGAAAGGGAGCCAGAAUCUGCUGUGCAAACAGGUAUUGAGUUAGGUUCGGAAUGUCUUGAACCUAGAUCUAACGUUCCGAAUGCUCGAAAUCUAUUGGUUCCGGAUUUUUCAUAUUCUUCAUCAGAUGAAGAUGAAGAUUAUUACGACGCGACAGAGGAUAUCACUACAAUGUCAUCGUCACAAAAUCAUUACCGAAGUGAUCAUAAUGCUAAGACUAGUCUUCCAACAGUUAGGGAAGUACUCAAUCAUGACGAACUUCGUAAGCCCCAUGGAAAUCCCCCAACUACAGCAGACGGAUCCUUGGAUUAUGAUGCGCUAUACGAAGAAGAAAGUGAACCAGAAAUGGAUUCGAUGGAAAGUCAUGGAUCAGUCGUAUCUCAUCUCUUAUCACAAGUAAAAAUUGGGAUGGACUUAACAAAAGUUGCUUUACCUACAUUUAUUCUUGAACGAAGAUCACUCUUAGAAAUGUAUGCAGAUUAUUUUGCACAUCCAGAGCAUUUUUUACGCAUUGCCGAUUUAUCAACUCCAAAAGAAAGAAUGGUUCAAGUGGUACGAUGGUACUUAUGUAGUUUUCAUGCUGGUCGUAAAUCUGGUGUUGCAAAAAAACCUUACAAUCCAAUAUUAGGAGAGAUAUUCCGUUGCUACUGGGAUGCUGAGGAAUCUAAUAACAGUUAUCGAAAUGAAACAACAAGAACAUCGGUUAAUACUGCUAGUGAUGGUCCGGUACCUUGGUGUCAAAACGAUCAGCUGUGUUUUAUUGCUGAACAAGUUUCACAUCAUCCACCUGUAAGUGCAUUUUAUGCUGAGCAUCGUGAUAAAAAAAUAUGUUUUAAUGCUCAUGUAUGGACAAAAAGUAAGUUCUUAGGACUAAGUAUAGGAGUACAUAAUAUCGGAAAAGGGUGGAUUAACUUACUAGAGUAUGGUGAGGAGUAUGUUUUGACUUUUCCAAAUGGUUAUGGAAGAUCUAUAUUGACUGUACCUUGGAUCGAAUUGGGAGGUACUACAACUAUAACAUGUGCUCAAACUGGUUAUCAAGCGACAAUAGAUUUUCUGACAAAACCUUUUUAUGGUGGAAAACGAAACCGCAUUGUUUGUCAAGUGACUCAACCAGGCGAGAAAAAACCAUUUUUAGUGAUUAAUGGAGAUUGGAGCGGUAUCAUGGAAGCUAAAUAUAGCGAUGGUCAAACUGAGUUAUUCGCUGAUGUGACUACAAUUCCUGUUGUAAAAAAAAUGGUGAAGCCAAUUUGUGAGCAAAAUGAUAACGAAUCUCGCAAAGUAUGGAGAGAAGUAACCGUUGGCUUGAAAAUUAAUGACAUGGAUAAGGCGACUGCAGCUAAAUGUUAUAUUGAACAAAAACAGCGGGACGAAGCAAAACUUCGCAAAGAAUCUAAUUUAUUGUGGGAGACUAAAUUUUUCAAAGAAAUAAAGGAUGGAGGGUGGAUGUACAUCAAGCCGUUAACAAAAUAA